AAUUAUUAUAAAGGGAUUUAAGCGGCUUACGAUAAUUUCUUUAUAGUCAAUUUUACAAUAACCAUUCAAGAUCAGCGCUUCCGGAAUAAUAUAUCUCUACAAGUGCUCGUAAAGAGUUAGUUAAAAUAUGAAAUUGGGAUAUUUUUUCUUGUUUAUUGCUUUGCAAGCAGUAAAUACCCAAUCGCAAUUACACUGUUAUUUCUGUAAUACGGAAAUUGAUGGGCAACCAUGCGAAGACCCAAUAAACACGGCACAAAUUCAAACUCAAAGAUGCACUGAUCUAGAAUUAGUACAAGGGACACAACAUUCCUAUUUUACUACUCUAUGGGAUAAUUUCAAGCAAUCAACUUCAAUGGCAGUUCGAAAUGGCACAUCAAACGUUUGUAUUUUAAUGACCUACAAAUUCGAUCACCGUAACGUUUCAUCUAGAGGGUGCGAAAUGCCCACAAGGCAAGUUCUCUCACAAACAUUGGAUAUUUGCGACUACUAUAGGCAAAUUAUACCAAUAGCAAGAAUAACAAAUUUUAAUUGUUCAGUUUGCACAGAUAAUCUCUGUAAUCAUGCUAACUAUCAAAGUGGAGAUGGUAGUGGUUCUCAGGUGGUACAACUGUCUUGGAAACUCUUCUUGGGAUUAAUAUUUUUUAAAGUUUUGAUUGUUUAAACAUUUGCUAAUAAACUUAUUUACUGAAAAAAA